AUGUGUAGGGAUCUAUCAUACAUCGAAAAGGAACAACUGAGAAGGACAUACACAAGGCGGUGCUUUGCGUAUUGUGCUCCAUCUCAUCGUCCAGAGAGACUUUCCUCAGCUGGAUCCUACUACACAGCUUCGUCAUCGCACUACAAAUCGCAAGGCGAAAUGAGGAGUAUAAGCGGGAACUUCAACGCACCAACGGAGAUUGAGGUGGAGCGGCAGAGAAGCCACUCCAAACGGUCACGGGGUAUGGGAAAGACGUUCACCACAAAAAUUUGA